UCACUCCCUCAUUGCUGGUUGCUCGCACCGACCAGCUCACAGCCAAAGAGAUCCUCUGUCCCUCUCACACUGAUCCCCCCCCUCCUCCCUGACUAACACAGAGACAUUACUCCAGAGGAAGUUAUUGCUCAAGCCUAAAGGACUUUGUAACCAAAGAAGUAGCAACAGUGUGGAGGAGGAGGAACAGCCGAUAAGUGAAUUAACCGCACCUCUGAGGUGUUCCCCCUCAAAGUGAAGAGCAGUUCAAGUCAAGUCAAGUCAAGAAAAACAAUUUACAAGACAUCUGAGGACUCCAGCGGCAAGACAUGACUCAGAGCAACGGGGAGAACCCCCAGAGGAGCCGGAGCGGUCUCCACCAGAUCCGAGCCGGGAUCCAGUCCAGGUCGCUGCUGGCCAAGAAGAGAGUGGAGAACAUCACCAGGAGCGACGUGAAAGGAUGCUUCAUGAGAAAUGCCUUUGUGAUCUUCACCGUCGCUGCUGUCAUCAUCGGCAUCAUCCUGGGAUUUGCCGUGCGGCCUUAUAAGAUGUCGUACCGCGAAGUGAAGUUCUUCUCCUUUCCUGGAGAGCUGCUAAUGAGGAUGCUGCAGAUGCUCGUGCUGCCCCUUCUGGUCUCCAGCCUCAUCACAGGUAUGGCCGCUCUGGACAGCCGUGCUUCUGGGAAAAUGGGCAUGAGGGCUGUGAUCUAUUACACCACCACCACCGUGAUCGCUGUGUUCAUCGGUAUCGUCAUGGUGCUCAUCAUUCACCCUGGGAAAGGAUCAAGGGAUGAGUUCGCCAAGCAGCCGAAGAUAGAGCAGAUCAGCCCUGCAGACGCCUUCCUCGACCUGAUCAGAAACAUGUUUCCUCCUAACCUUGUGGAGGCUUGCACCAAACAGUUUAAGACACAGUAUGCCAAGAGAGUAGUCCACGUUACCAUGACAGUGAAUGACACGAUAUUCGCUGUCAAUGGUAGCCAUGAGAUAACCCGGGAGGAGAUGAUCCCGGUGCCGGGGUCAGUGAACGGGGUCAACGCUCUGGGCCUGGUGGUGUUCUCCAUGUGCUUCGGUCUGAUCAUCGGCAGUAUGAAAGAACAGGGGCAGGCCCUCAAGGACUUCUUCGACUGUCUAAACGAGGCCAUCAUGAGGCUGGUCGCCAUCAUCAUGUGGUAUGCCCCCAUUGGUAUCCUGUUCCUGAUUGCGGGUAAGAUUGUGGAGAUGGACGACAUCACAUCCAUGGGUGGACAGCUGGGAAUGUACACAGUGACCGUCAUCUGUGGCCUGCUCAUCCACGCCAUCGUGGUCCUGCCAACGCUUUACUUCGUCAUCACCAGGAAGAACCCUUUUGUGUUCAUCGCCGGGAUUCUGCAGGCGCUGGUUACUGCUCUGGGAACGUCAUCCAGUUCUGCCACUUUGCCCAUCACCUUCAAAUGCCUGGAGGAGAACAACAAGGUGGACAAACGCGUGACCCGAUUUGUGCUCCCUGUUGGCGCCACCAUAAACAUGGAUGGCACUGCGCUAUACGAGGCCCUGGCAGCCAUCUUUAUCGCUCAGGUCAAUAACUAUGACCUCAACUUUGGACAGAUUCUCACCAUCAGUAUCACGGCAACAGCAGCCAGCAUUGGAGCAGCUGGAAUCCCUCAGGCUGGACUGGUCACCAUGGUGAUAGUGCUAACCUCUGUAGGCCUGCCCACCGAUGACAUCACGCUCAUCAUUGCUGUCGAUUGGUUUCUGGACCGACUGCGCACCACCACCAACGUCCUCGGAGACUCCAUCGGUGCAGGUAUUGUGGAACACCUUUCUCGCCACGAGUUGCAGAAGAAGGACCCUGAGGCUGGGAACUCGGUGGUGGAGGAGGCAGACAAGAAGCCGUACCAGCUCAUCUGCCAGGAGAACGAGUACGAGAACGAGAGGCCUGCGGCCAGUGAGACCAAGAUGUAGGGGGGAAGGUUGCAAACUUUCUUAGGGAAACCAUUGAACUGCUUCGAACUACUUUCCAAAUUAUGUUGAUCUACAGCUAGAAAAUAUUUCAGCCAAGAUGAAUUUCACUUGUAUGCGGUCUAGUGUGGACCUUCCUUACACACUGCAGACUUGAAAUGUUGAAUUCUUUUUUUUUUUCUAAGGGUUUGUGCUAUGAAACUUCCUGAAAGUACCAUUUGUUUCUGCCAAAAGUGGUUGGCAGCUGUUUACUAAUACGGAUGAACGACUGUAGAACUUAGUCGACCGUGGCCUGCAUGUCAUCUCAAACUUCACUCAGAGCUGUGAUGAGUGAUUUCACCCACUAGAGGCCAGUAUUGCUGUGAGUUUAACACACCUGCGCCAGCUUUUUCUGGCUUUAAAGUUGUUGUUUUUGUUAAGUUUGAGUGUUGUUGCAUGAGGACAAUUGUGAGUGAAAUGGGUGUCCAAAUCUGUCUGGCGAGUGAUGUGAAAUGAGUGAGGUGUUUUUGCGUAUACACUGGGCUGACUGGGCCAAAUUCUUUGGGAGAAAAAGGGCUGUGAAUUUACAACUAAUGUAUAGACAUCAGUGGCUUUAUUUUCAAUGAUUUUGUGUACAGACUUAAAGUGAAUGAAUGAAGGAUGUCGUGUAGCUUUUUCUUUCUCUCCUGACUGUCCAAAUAAGUGCUGCUGAUGGGCAAACAGAGCUUUCAUCUUGGCAAAAGUUUGUUCCAAAUUCCCCCUUCAAUCAUUCAAACUGUCUGACCAAAAGCAUUAAGCCAUCCUGUGGCUUUACUACGAAUUUGAAUCAACUACCUGAAAUUAUAUUUCAACCAAAAUACAGCACCAAACACAUGCUUUAAAAUCACAAUAAUCUGUUUUAAACCAUAACAAACAGAUUCCAAAUAAAUCGCUAACCAGCUGUUUUAAGGGGAAAACUAAGGAAGCCCUAAGAGGACAUGCAUCCAUACAUUUUAUCAAACUGUGUUUUAACAUAUUAAAGGUCCAAUAUGUAAGAUAUCUACUGAAUUAAAUCAUAAAAUGAGCUUACAAUAGCAUCAGACAUUAAAGAAAACAUGCUAUGCUGAAGUGUUGGUUUCUCAACAAUGCAGCAGCCAUAUGUCCUCCUUCUAACUUUAGAUUCUGGUGCUGAACGGUUUGUUGUUGUAGCAAGAAAGCAGGCUAGCGAUCUGGUUGAGAUAUAACUGAUUCUGCCCGACCUCUGCAUGAACGGAGAGAGGUUAGAACACAGAAAGGUUUACAGACCGAUGCAGAGCUGGAUAAACACUGAAGCUACAUAUUGCUCCUUUAAUGAGUCAUUUCCGGUUGCUUUUUCAGUAUCUCGACUUGGAAUAACAACCUUGGUUUUUAUGAUAACAGGUUCACUUCAGUUGUUUUCUCAAAAUUUCAUGAAAACAACACGUUAUCACGGUGAAACCAGCGUUGUUAUCUCGAGAUAACAACUUCAAUAAGUGCAGAUCUCAAGAGAACAAUCGGAAAUGACUCGUGAACACAGGAGAAUGGAGUAAUAUGAAAUGUAUGGAUGCAUGUCCACUCAGGGCUUCCGUAGAAAAGUAAUGAAUGCCUUUCAAACAUUUCUAAUGGUAAUUUUUUAGUCAGUCUUUUAACAAUAUCCAUGAUUUGUAACAUUAACUGGAUUUUUUAAAAUAUCGAAUGAGUAAAAACGUAAUUAGAAAAAUAUAAUUUUAAUUUUUUUGCUAGUCUAUAGGCAAGUAGCCUAUUUUCUAUUCUUAAUUUAGUUUCCCUUAAGUGAUAAAAUCUUAACAAACAUUUUAAUUGAUUUUCAUGUGGAUGCAUGUUGUAAAAACAAGGAUUUCACUUCUUCAAUUUCCCCAUUUGUUAUUGUAGUUAACUUGAAUUAGCAGGUGAUGUUUAGCAUUUGAGCCGAUCAGUAUGUAUAACAAAUGUAACAUUUACGUAGAAGAUGCUUUGUAUAGAAGGUUCCUCUGAAUAUACUGUACUUGUAUAGAGAAAUGUAGAUAAACGUGUACAAUAACUGUAGAUUUGAAUUGUAAUUGUAAAGGGUUACUGGAGGAUUGCAUAUAUGUAAAGAAGCUAUUGUGAAACUCUAAUGACCGAACUAACGAUCCCUCUAGUUCCUUUUACAAAAGUACAAAAGUGGCUGAUUUAAGGGACCAAAUGUUUUCCUCCAAACACUCGAGGAAACGGAACAGUUCCUUUGUUUACUGUUGCUGUCUUUGCAGUUCUUUAUUGAUCUGAGUGUUUCAUAAAAUCACAUGUGAGAGUACGCACACACACACACACACACACACACACACACACACACACACACACACACACACACACACACACACACACACAGACUGGAAAAAGUUUGUAGUUUUAAUCUUGCAUGGAUUUUUUUUUUCAAUAAAAAUAUGAAAUCAG